AUGAGCUCGUACCAGUUCGUCAAUUCGCUGGCCUCGUGCUACCAGCAGGCCGGUCGCCCGUCCCCCGAUGGCCCCCAAAGCCCAGACUACUACCCCCAGGUCAGCUACCCCGGCUGCUACUCUCCGCAGCAAUAUACUUCAGGCUACAUGCAACAGAGUCCUUCCGGGAUGAUGGACUACACUCAGCUGCACGGCAGCAAUCACCAGCGCCUCGCUUCACACUUGCAGCCCCUAGGGCACCCAGCGGGUCCGGUAUCACCCGCUCUUAACAAUAACACAGUGACAAACCUGUCGGGAUCCACGUCCUGCAAGUUCGCUGACAGUACCACGACAAGUUCCGGGAUCGCCUCCCCGCAGGACCUGACCACGUCCUCCAGCGGCCCGGGAGGUCCGAGGAGCACGCCUCCGAAGACUGGACUUCAUUCGCCGUCCGGAGCGCGGGCCCCGUCGGCUCCGGCCCCGACAUCCCAGACGUCUUCUUCCCCGGCUUCUUCAAUAUCAUCAUCAUCGUCCACGACUCAGGGAACUGCCGCAAAGAGUCCCGCUCAACCGGGUCAGAACCCGCCGCAGAUAUAUCCCUGGAUGAAGAGAGUUCAUCUUGGACAAAAGCGCCCACACCUAAUACGGUGGCCUGAAGAACCUUUCGAAAGACAAAUGACCCACGAGUGGGGUGCCAAUUAA